CCGGUCACCCCCUGCCCCUCCGUUUGCCGCUGUGCCGGAGGCCGAGUGUACUGCAACGACCGCGGCCUGACGUCCAUCCCGGAGGGUGUCCCUGCGGGUGUCACGACCCUGUUCCUGCAGAACAACCGCAUCGGUGACGCCGGGAUCCCGGCGCGCCUGGCGCGGCUGUCGGCGCUCAAGGUGCUCUACCUGUACGCCAAUGCCUUGGAACACCUCCCGGCGCACCUCCCGCCGGCGCUGCGGGAGCUACACCUGCAGGACAACAACGUGCGCGGGUUGUGCCGGCGGGCGCUGGCGCGGGCGCCGCUGCUCGAGCGCCUACACCUGGACGACAACUCGGUGUCGGCGGCCGCCAUCGAGGAGGACGCGUUCGCCGACAACAGUCGCCUGCGUCUGCUCUUCCUGUCCCGCAACCACCUCAGCAGUGUCCCACCGGGGCUACCGCCGGCGCUGGAGGAGCUGCGCCUCGACGACAACCGCAUCCACACCAUCCCCUUGCGCGCCUUCGAGGGGUUACCGGCGCUGCGGCGGCUGGUGUUGGAUGGCAACCUCCUGGCCAACCAGCGCAUGGCCGACGACACCUUCAGCCGCUUGGGCAACCUCAGUGAGCUGUCAUUGGGCCGUAACGCACUGGCCGCACCACCGGCCAACCUACCGCGCGCCCGCCUGCGCCGCCUGUCGCUGGCGGCCAACGCCAUCAACCACGUGCCGCCCGGCGCGUUGGCGCGUAUGGCGGCGCUGGAGCGCCUGGACCUGUCGGACAACAACCUGACCACGUUACCGCGAGGGUUGUUCGACGACCUGGGCAGCCUGAGUCACCUGGGGCUGCGCAACAACCCCUGGUUCUGCGGUUGUAACCUGCGGUGGUUACGGGACUGGUUACGGCGACAGGCACCCAACGGCCUCGAGGUCAAGGGGUUGUUGUGCCAAGCGCCGGCGCGGUUACGGGGGCUACCGGUGGGGGAGCUGCGGGGGGAGAUGGAUGCGUGCGACCCCCCCGGGCACGGUGUUGGCAAUGGGGUGUCCGGUGUUACCGGUGCCCCCCCCGCGGCUGUGGCAUCGUCCGCUGCCGGUGUGGGGGGGGGGUUAUGGGUCCAAGGGGCUCCGGGGGGGGGGUUGAGGAUCCGGUGGCCUCCGGCCCCCCCCGGAGCCUCCCUACGGUUGAGUUGGUACCGUCCGGGUUUGGGGUCGGUAACGGAGACGUUGGUGCGGGGGGAGCGGGGGGAGUACGUGGUGACGUCACUGCAGCCGCGUGCGCCGUACCGGGUGUGCCUGGCCACGCUCGACCCCGCCCCCCCCGGCGGCACCGGAGCCACGUUGUGUGCCCAGGCACGGGCGGGGGCGGAGCCAGCCCCGGGGGCGCCCAGCGCCGGCCGGCUCGGCCAAUCAGCGCCCGGGGAAGUGGGAGGGCGGGCCUUACCGCCGGCUUCCGGCGGAGGUCGGGGAGGCGGGCCCUAUUCCCCCCGCCCCCCCCCCUUUUUGGCCAAUGGGGAAGAGGAACCGCUGCGGGCAGCCAAUGGGAGCGCCCGAGCGGGGGCGGGCGGGCGGGGCCGGCAGCCAAUGGGGCGCGAGGUGGGCGGGGCCUCGGGGUUCUAG